AUGAUGAAUGACAAUUUAUCAUCACUUUUCCCACUAGCUCAAUUGGAUAUUGGUGUUACUCUCCUAUAUUACAGCUUUUGGAGUUGUAACAUUGGCAACUGUGAUUCUAUUUUGGUGUUCUUCACACUACUUGUAGCUUUAAUAGUUCCAUAUUUUGGAGUUGUAAUGGCCUUGACCGGAUUUGUACUCAUGAUGCUUGUAGUGUGUAAUGGCACAAACAAUCAAACUAAUUUGGUCAGUUUCAGAAGUGGGAAUACUAUUGUUGCUGAGCUACAUGGUGAAGUUGGGUGGCCAGCAUCUUCUAGCUAUGGUGAACCAAAAUACACUCAAGGAGAAAACAUCUAG